AUGGGCGACCUCCAAUCAGAACAGGCGCCCCUCAGCUGCACCUACGUCGACACCAUCGAAGAUGUAUCCGAGGAGUUGUCGUACAUGAAGCAGCUCCUACCACUCGUCAAACUUCUCACCCUCGUCUACAGAGUCCACUCCCCAAACCCAGCAGAAGAAUACCACAUGAACACACUCAUGCGAACGCUCUCCGCCGACACCCCAAGCAAAACAACAACCGAGAGGUAUCCCGAGGGAUUCACCAGAGACGAAAUCAUCCAAUCAUUCAGCAGGUUCCUCAGUCCCGUGCUGAACGGGCUGAGCGGCCUGGGCGACUUUGAGAAGGCCAUCGACGCCGGAGAAGACCCUGCAGGCUUCCGACAAUUCUGGGCUCUCGACGAUAGGAAUCUUCUCACCGACGCCGUUUCAGGGAGCGGGCCUCUCGCCGCAAUCACGAAAACCGAGAUUCCGUUCCUCGAUGUCUUCGUCAAGGACAAGACUCGCCGGCUAGCUUUGACACACGACCACGAGGCCUUGGUGUUGGUCCCACGCGGCGCCAAAGCUGGUGACGAGAUCUGGAUGAUGUCGCGGGAGGAGUCGCUGGUCGUUGUCCGCCGAGACGAGAAGCCAGGAACCCAAACGCCAGAUGUGAUCAUCCUCGGAGACGCGUACAGCCACGGUUUCUCCCAGGACAGACCACCUCAGACCUGCAAGCAAGUCUACAACAACACGGAAUUCCUCACAUCUUCCGUUGCCGUGGGAUUAGCUGGUGGCACCAUGGAGGGCAUUCUUCUCAUGUUCGUGAGGUCCAUCGCGGCGGCCAUCUUGGUUGCCGUCGGCGGCUCGGUGCUGUACGUUGUCAAGCUGCUGCUCAAGCACCGCGGCAAAAUGGCCGACCUGAAGAAGCAAGGACUGCCCGUUGUGCCUCACAACUUCCUCUUCGGCAACCUCCUCGAGGCCAAGAAGGCCUUCGAUAGCUUACCGCCAGGCGUCCACGCAAAUUACGUCCUCGCAAAACUGUCCGAGCCCUACCCCAAUGGCGCCUUCUACAUGGACACCUGGCCAAUGGCCGACCCGAUCCUCGUCGUCACCGAUCCGGAGAUGGCCCACCAAGCCGCCUACCACCCCGUCUCGGGCUCCCAGAAACCGCCCAUGCUCGUCGGCUGGUUCCACCCCAUCACCGGCGGGCCCAGCCAGUUCGACACCAACGGCCGGCCAUGGAAGCACCUCCAAACCCUCUUCAGCCCCAGCUUCAGCAACCAGAACAUCACCGCCGAGGUCCCCAUCAUCGUCGACUGCAUUCAGGUCUUCGUGGAGAGGCUACGGGAACAGGCUCGCAAUGGGGACAUGUUCCGCCUGGAGCCUCUCGCGCUGGAUCUCAUCACCGACAUCAUAGGCGAGGUCCUGCUCAACGUGAAACUAAGCACCCAAACGAAGAAACAUCCCUUGGCCGAGUCGAUGAAGGGCCAGCUCAAACUCAAGUUCACCUCCCACAAACCCGAAAACAUCCUCUCCCGCAUCGACCCCUUCCUUACAUUCCGCACCUGGAACGGCGGCAGAAUCCUCGACAACCACAUCAAAGAGCAGAUCAACGCACGCUUCGACGUCCUCCGCGAAAACAAGGUCCGCAACCGCGACAAAACAGAAAAGUUCCAGUCCGUCCUCGACAGCGCCAUCGAGAACUGGCUCGCCCAGCCCCAGAACGCCAACCGCGACACCCUCGACGCAGACUACCUCCGCAUCAUGACGCGCAACAUGCGCAUGUUCUUCUUCGCCGGCUACGACUCCUCCGCCGCCACCAUCGUCUACUGCUUCCACAACAUCUACACCCGCCCCUCGAUCCUCGCCAAGGUCCGCGCCGAGCACGACGAGGUCUUCGGCGUCGACCCGGCCUCCGCGCCCGCCCAGAUCGCCGCGAACCCCAGCCUCCUCAACUCGUUGCCCUACACGAACGCCUGCAUCAAAGAGUCCCUGCGCAUGUUCCCCCCGGCGGGCGGCAUCCGCCAAGGGUCCCCCGACCUGGUCCUCAAAGAUGCCGAGGGGAACCUGUACCCGACGGACGGCAUCGCCGUGUCGAUGCAUCACUGGAUGAUCGGGAGGAACCCGAGGUACUGGGCGCGGCCCGACGAGUUCAUCCCGGAGCGCUGGCUCGUCACGGAUCCGGGGCACGAGCUGUACCCGCCGCGAGGCGGAUGGCGGAUCUUCGAGUACGGUCCGAGGUUGUGCGUCGGACAGCAGCUCGUCAUGACGGAGGCGAGGGCGGUGUUGGCCUGCACCGUGAGGGAGUUCGACAUCAGGGAUUCCUUCGCCGAGCUCGACGGGGACAAGAAGCUGGACCUCAGCGGUCUCGGUGGGCAGAGGGUGUUUAUGGUGGAGGCGGGCGCGGCGCAUCCCACGGACGGGUACCCUUGUAGGGUCUCGCUGAGCGGGUAUGCUGACCGGACAUGA